CGCAAAGCAGCAUUUGUUUUUUCUUGUCUCCAAUGAAACAUAGAGCCUGUUCACUGGUUGGCGCCGAGUUGCUCAGUGAGUGAGUGAGUCUGCACAAAAUUACAUAUCCAUCGACUCACAGACACGACACAGCAGAAAACCCUUUUGAAUUGAAAAAAAAAAAAUGGUGUAUGGAGGAGCAAUGUGCGCUCACGCGCACAAAUUCCUACUCUCGCCCCGUGCCCUCAACCUUUGCCGUCAAAACACCACUCGCCUUCAACAAUUUCAAACUCUCACUCCGCUCCACUCUCAAUCCCUUCCUUUCAACUUCAAAAACUCCGCCACCCCCUUCAAACCCACCCUCAUCCGCCUCUCCGCCCUCGCCAACGACGGCUCCGGCGGAAACGGCCCACGUGGCGGCGCCGGCGGAGGCUCUGACGGUCCCAAUUCUGGCGGCGCCGGCGAUGGAGGAGGCAAGUGGUCCUUCUUGUCAUGGUACUUGGCUCUUCUUGGAAAAUACCCUGUUGCCGUGAAAGCUCUAACAUCUGCAAUUUUGAAUCUAAUUGGAGAUUUGAUUUGUCAGCUUGUGAUAGACCAAGUGCCGUCACUGGAUUUCAAGAGGACAUUUGUCUUUACUUUUCUUGGUUUUGCUUUAGUGGGUCCAACACUGCAUUUCUGGUAUUUGUAUCUGAGUAAAUUGGUUACACUUCCUGGAGCAUCAGGUGCACUUUUACGGCUUGUACUUGAUCAGUUCUUAUUUUCACCCAUAUUCAUCGGAGUUUUCUUAUCUACAUUGGUGACACUGGAGGGAAACCCAUCACAAGCUGUACCCAAGCUUAAACAGGAGUGGUUUUCUGCAGUUCUAGCAAACUGGAAACUAUGGAUACCUUUUCAAUUUCUCAACUUCAGAUUUGUUCCACAACAAUUUCAGGUCCUUGCUGCCAAUGUUAUUGCUUUGGUGUGGAAUGUUAUUCUCUCAUUUAUGGCACAUAAAGAGGUUCUUCCAAAAUAGAGUUCAGAUAAAGAGCUUGCAAAGAGGCUGCAUGAGCUGUAUUCAAAUCUUUUAAAUGUUUUUGUAAUUUACAUGAACAUGAAGACUAGCAGUUGUAUAAACACGCAUGUGGAUUUUUUGUAUGCACUUUCAUCAAUGCAAGCUUCGUCCACGUGUUUCCUAGGAUUCUAUAUCAUCGAGACCAUACAGGAGGGUUUCUUUUUUGUUUAAUUGUAUUUUUUAUUGGCUAAAUUAUUCAGUUGGUCCCUUAUCUUUA